AUUGUGGAAAUGGGCGGGGUUGAUGUCUUUGUGGCUGUAGUAACUAGUGAUGACAUAGAAUGACCCCCUUUAGAGACUUGUUAGGCUGGUUGCUAGGAUACCACUGAUGGGACUUUGUUGAAACUAGACGAAGGCCCUUGCUUGCUAGCAUAGCAUUGGAUGUUUUUUUAUUUCAAAAAUGUCUGACAAUGAAGGAGACCAAGGACCCAAAAGUACAUUUUCUACUUACAUGGCCGAGGGGGACCAGUUGUACCACAAAGGAGAGUAUGUCAAAGCCAUUGAAAGCUACUCUACGGCAUUGAUUCUUCAGCCAGAUGACAAAAAUUGUCUGGUUGCCAGAUCCAAAUGCUAUGUGAAGAUGGGAGAUUCUGAUAAUGCACUGAGGGACGCAGAGGCCUCUCUCAAGGAGGACAAAGAAUUCUUCAAGGGUUUGUAUCAGAAAGCUGAAGCUUUAUACACCAUGGGAGACUUUGAGUUUGCGCUGGUGUUUUACCACAGGGGGCACAAACUGCGGCCAGAGCUGCAGGAAUUUAGACUGGGAAUCCAGAAGGCCCAAGAGGCUAUCGACAACUCUGUGGGCAGCCCCUCAUCUGUGAAACUGGAAAACAAGGGGGACCUGUCCUUCUUCCACAAGGCAGAUGAGGUGAAGAAGGGAUGGCCAAAUGGGCUUAUUCACCCCCUGAGAAGGGAGAUGAGGCAGCAGAACAAGAAGACACCUAAGAGUGAGAAGACAGCCAAGCAGCUUCUGGGAGAGCUCUACAGCGAUAAGGAGUACCUAGAGAAGCUACUGAAAGAUGAAGACUUGGUGAAAGGUAAGAUGCGGGGUGGGGAGAGACUGCAGGACCUCAUCCUGAACUGCAUCAUCUAUCUGGACACACGCACUGAGUUCUGGCGCCAGCAGAAGCCCAUCUACGCGCGGGAGAGAGACCGCAAGCUCAUGCAGCAGAAGUGGAACAAGACCCGGCAGAACCCUCCCUCUGAUCCCACCCGUUUUGUACUCCAGAGCCUGGAAGAGAUUGAUGCAGCUUUGACUGCAGGGAAUGCAGAGAGCAGCCUGAAGAAAGCCCGGGAGGUCCUGAAGUCAAUUGAAUGCUGGUCAGAGGAGGUGGUUACCAAUAAGAAAGAGGUGCUGGGGAACCUUCACAGCUGCAUUGGAAAUGCCUUGAUUGACCUGGGAGAAAUGGACAAAGCACUGGACAGCCAUCAGAAGGACUUGGACCUGGCCAGACAAUGCAAACUCCCAGAAGCAAAGUCAAGGGCACUUGACAAUGUUGGCCGAGUGUACGCCAGAAUAGGAAAGUUCCCACAGGCUAUCGAUGCCUGGGAGGAAAAGAUCCCCCUGGCCUGUGGCGGUCUGGAGAGGACCUGGCUGUUCCAUGAGAUAGGUCGCUGCUACCUUGAGCUGAAGCGUCACACCGAGGCCCGGGACUACGGCGUUCGCUCACUCGCUGUAGCCGAUGAAAUUGCUGAUGAGAAGUGGCAACUGAACGCCUGUGUGUUGGUGGCACAGUCAGAGAUGAAGCUUGGCAACUUCAAAUCCAGUGUUGCCCACUUUGAAAGAGCUUUGGACAGGGCUAAGGUUCUCCAGGAUGAUCCUGCGAGGGAUGCCAUCCAGAAGGCUCUCCGUGAGGCAAGGCAACGUUUAUGAGUGCUCAUCACAAGAUGACUGAAGAGGAGCCACAGACAGAUGUUCAAAGACAAUGUAAUAAAAACUGGCUUUUAAACAUG